GCGGAAGAAAAUAAGUAUGGCCAAUAAGAAAGUUAAAUUAAGUGUUUUAAAAAACCCUACUCACUGCUUCGUUGCGAAUCCUAUUUGAUGCUCGAUCGAUCAAUCGUAGUUUGGCCAUCAUCGUUCUUUGAAAGUAUUUCUACGCAGGAGAUAUCUUCCGCGAUUGUCUGUCGUAACUAGAAAGCAGUGCCAGGAAGCUGCGGUAGUCAGUAGCUGCUCUGCGGGAGAACUGAUCGUGACCCCACCGUUUCGACCCCACGAUGUAUUGCCUUCAGUGCUUGAUACCGGUGCUGCUCAUCCCGAAGCCAACAAAUCCGGCCCUAAUGCAAACCCACGUGAUGUUCAUCGUGCUCUACCUGAUCGGAUUCUUCCUGGAACGAAAACCGUGCACCAUUUGCAGUGUCGUGUUCAUCAUGGCCGUGUUUUUGAUCUGCAACAGUGGCGUCGGGAACUGCUUGUUUUGGGGCAACUGCGAAGGGCACACGUGUGAGAAUGGCUAAGGAAUGUGAGGCAUCAGCCUCGAAAGUCGAAGCCGUGGACAUAACCAACCGACCAUCACCGCAACUGGAAACCUCCUGGGCGUAUCGAUUGUGCGGCAUGUUUUGGUAAACAAUAAUUAUCCUCAACUAAAUCUGUUACUUUCUUCUCCUUUUUGGCGCACUCCAACGUAAUAGUGGAUAUUAAUGAACUAGUCCAAUGGAUUGUUUUAGCGUGAGACAUAAUUUACUUUUAUCCUGUGCGGUUGCUCGAUACUUGAAAACCAGCGGCCAAAACCAGUGGCCGCACAACUAGUACCAAAUAGCCACAGGGAACCGUUUUAAUUGUUAUGCUUUUACUUGGGUUACGUUGUACGGUCGAUGUUGUUACUUUCGUCGACAACAAGUAGAGUAAUUAUUUGAGAACGCAAAGACUUCGGAAGCAGAUCAAACUCACGCUACCAGCGGUUGUGCCUGUCCCCUUUCGGGUGGUAAGGGCUGAGCCUUGAUGGGAUUGACGAUAAGUGAUGAUGAACCCUCCACAAAGUAUAAGAAGAAACGCUGUAAAAAUGCAAUGAAAAAACAUACAACACAAUGUAGCAUCGUAUGGUAGUGUUGGUUCGUUUGAAAGCAACCGUAGUAAAGCAACGAUAAGUUAACCAGCCCAGAACGAUUUUUCACUGCAAGUAGGCGUUUGCAGAAACAUACAGGUUGAAACAAAUAAUAUUGGCGUACCCUUAUCGACACGUUGUGAACUUACUAAAAUUAACGAAUAAAUAAUUGGUCUGAAGAGAAAAUAUCAUGCGAUGCUGGGCAUGGAUUGAAUUGAGCCCAUUCUGGUUGCCAUUGUAAAUGUUUCAAAAUUAAUAAACUUUAGAAAAACUUAAAAUACGGAGUUGAUAUCAAACUGUUGAUUUUAAUGCGCUUAGCUAAACAAGAUCGGUACGAAAGUCGAGCGACUCUGAAUCAUUGGGCGACACGCAAAAGAGGGUUGGCCAAGUGCCAAAACUAAAUUUCAAGCCACAGACACGCAAGGGGGGCGAAGUGGAUCACACGCGACCCCAAGGCUUCGCAGCCCGUUUCAAGGUGUCUACAAUCAAGACCGAGUUCGGGCAACCGGUGUAAAUAGAUAUGUAAUAUUUAUUUAUUUUUAACCUACAACAACCCCUAGGAUAGUUUGUUGAACGAAAUAAUAAAUUGUAAACC